AUGGAGACCACCUGGGCCCCGCUCGUGCCUACCACCAAGGGCUCAGGAAGGAUCAGCACGUCCGCAGAUGCUGCAGCGCCUGCAUCAACGUCCAACCACGUUAAUGACGUCUCGCUUGAUCCGUUCUCAAUAGGGACUCUGCCGUCGACGGUGGUGCAACGCAUACUCAGCCAUGUCGCCGUGGCCGACUUGCCGAACUGUGCGCUAGCAGCUCGGCCGCUCGCUAGAUUUGUAGCAGAUGAACGACUGUGGGCGCAAAAGCUCGCUUGUCUUCAAUACAAGCAAGUGCCCGGAUGGCCUCUCCGUUACAAUCCGGACCUGUCCACCGUUCCAUCUGCACGUGCAGGCGCAGGCAAAGACGAUUCUCCUCCAAGUCGAAAGAACAGCCUCAGCUCGAAUGCAGGCAAACGUUCAGCUACACAACCGACAAGCAGCGGUCACGACCACUUCAGCAGCCACGACGAUGAUUUCGGCGACUUUGAAGCAGCGACGAUCACAAGCCCGGACGACGAGAGCUUCGGAGGCUUUGUAUCCUCAAAGCCGAGUCAGUCCGGCCAGAGCUUUUCUUCCGCUCCCGUCUUCUCGUAUCGAGCCGAAUCCAAGCUUCCCAUGCCGAGUACCGACACAGACUCAGCAUACCAGACCUUCAAGCGCAUCGCCGCCUCGCUCAAACCUUUUGUGCAGAGUCUUCUCUUCGAAACAUCGCCGACGACCUCUCUUAUCUUCACCGAUCCGAGCUUGGCGUCUCUGUCGUCCCAAGCAUACAUGAUCUGCAACGUCGCACGCUUCACCGGCCCACUUGUUCUCGGCUCCUUCGCCAGAGCCUCGUCAACAGCGCAAGACGAUGCCGCAGACGCCUUUGAUCAGGACCAGUGGAGGUUGCGCAUGUCGAUCCGGGAAGCUGCCGACUACCUUGAAGGGGUACUGCUCUCUGCAUUUGAGGGCGCUGAUGCACGAAGGACCGAUGCUUUGCGGGCAGGUCAGCGCGGCAUGGACGUCAGCAAAGCCGUCGAGCGCGCCGAGGCUGACAUGCACGAACACGCUACGUUGAUAUGGAACCUCGCUGCCUCAACUGCAGAGCCUUCGACACAGUCGGGCAUUGCUUUCGGCGGCUCAAUAGCAGCUGAAGCAGAAACAACCAACUACAUGGCCCUCCUGGACCACCCCGGCUCUGCCGCGGCUCUCAGCUUCCUCGAGAAGCAAGAUGCGCUCUUCAAGAGCACUACACACCGACCAGAGGCCAACUUCAUCUCGACGUCCACUCAGUCACGACCAGCGCUCGACUUCACCGCCAUGGAUGCCUUUAUGGUCGACACGCUGGCGAGCCUCGAGACCAACGGCUCGCUCGUCGCACGUGUCUUUCCUCCCGAGCAGCAGGUCCUGCUCGCCUUUGCCAGCCGCGUCGCCAACGAGGUGGUGGGCGAGUACAUCAACGCCGUGCUCGCCAAAGCGCGCUCCAUCGACUUGCAUAUCUACCUACAAGCUGCGGCGGCGACGUUCUCGCAGGCGCUCAAGAUCGCCGACACGCUAGCCAAGAUCAAGCCGCGUCAUCCGGACUUUGUGACGGCGGCACGGUGUCGCGGCAUUGUGCUGUCCAUGUUCGAGGCGCAUCUCGAAGAGUACCUGCAGGAAGAGCGCGAUUGGGUGCGCAAUGUGAUGAUGGAAAUGUGCAACGAGGGGGAGGGGGCAUCUGGGGCGGCGGGCAAUUCAAGUGCCGGCAGCCGUGUGAAGCAGGGCAAAACAAUGGACACGGCGUUCUUGGCCAGCAGCAAUCCGGCUCAGGUCAAGAAGAACGUGCUCAGCGGGUUUAAGGAUGUGUUACUCAUGCCGGUCACUGUGGUACCGCGCGCAGCGGGGGCGGUAGGCGGAGCGGUGAUCAGGACGGCAGGUACGGGGCUGAGCCAGCUCAACCCGCUCAAGUGGCAGCAGUCUGCAGCGGGAUCACGCAGCGCGAGUGGAUCCAACGUGGGGACACCGCAGCGAGCGAGUACGCCCGCUGAUCCGCAGGUCGCUGCGAACAACGGAUACGUCGAUUUCAGCAAGGAGGUGCUAGGGGGACCGGAUGGUCAUGUCAUUGGGGACGACGAGAGCGACGAAGAAAAGGAGUCCGAGAAGGGAGGCUUUAGCGGAUUAGCCGAUGCAAGCAUCGGGAACGAGUGGGAUGAGAAGAGCGGCGACGGUGUCAAUGGAAGCUCUUGGGCGGCCAAGUCGAGCGAUGACGUUGGUGGCGAGGCUGCAGAGUGGAACGGUAGCGGUUCCGGCCAAACGACCGAGCUCACAGUGUCAACGCGUCCUACAACAGCUACAAACAGACCGGAAUCCGCCGUGGAGCCGACGGCAGCUGAACCGGAUCGCAGCAGGUUUGCGCGGCUUCAACUGCUGCUAUCCCUUGACACGGCCUUGUCACUCAUCCAGGUCAACCGCGAAUCACUCAAGAGGAUGGAAGCGUUCAUGGUGUACCCUGCUUCGACGUCCAACGGCCGAAGGGUCAAGGAGGAGAUGGAAGAGGUGUGUCUCUCGCUCUUCCAGGUGUUGGGAGAGCAGCAUAUCGCGCCUGGAUUCAACAAGGCGACGUCCGAGAUCCAGCAGUGGAAUCCGCUUUCCGAAGCCGAGCCCGGCGAGAAGCAAGCUAGCGGAAAGGAACAACAAGAAGUGUUGCCUCUGGUGCAGUUCUUCGAGCUGACGCACAUUGCGGAUACCAUCUCGCAGCUGUGUUCGGUGUACUUUUCGCAGACGCUUGUGCCGGUGGUGAAGCUGGAUGUGGACGACUUCUUGAAUCCCGUGGUUAGGGCGAAGAAGGCGUUCGAGGGGAAUUUGGACGAGUUUGUAGCGGGUGGGUUGAGUGUUUCGGUCGACUUGCUCAUGAAGCGAGCCGAGUGGAUCUUGUUCUCACAGCGCGAUCCGCUCGAUUAUGCUGGCUCGGACAUUGCGUCGCUCGACACGUCGACGCGCGCGACACUGUCGACGAUCUCGCUGCUCAAGUUCCACUGCUCCCUCCUCGUCGGCGCUACUGACCGCGAAAUCCUGGACCUCUUCAACACCGAAGUCGCCCUGCGCCUCUUCCACAUGCUCACCAAACACCUCAAGUCGCUCACCAUCAACCAGACCGGCGGCUUCCAGCUCAUCUCGGACCUCAACCACUACAGCUCGUUCGUCUCGUCGCUCAAGAUCAAAGACCCCACCAUCCUCCCGCUCUACAAUAGCCUCAAGACGCUCGCCAACUACUACAUUGUCGACGGCAAGGAGCUCAUCGCCCUCCUCAAAACCAAAGAUGCAGCGGCGGGCUCGACGAGACAGGCGCAGAGGGAGGACGGCUUCGUGUUCGGGCAGGAGGAGCUGUACGAAUUCCUCAAGAGUCGGUCGGACUUCAGGCUGAUCGAGAAACAGGUGGACCACGAGAUCUUCGGCUUCAAGCUUGCCGAGGACUGUAUCGUCUGCUGA